UCACCUACUUCCAAACACAAGACAAUCAUGGGCUGGCAGUCUAUUUCCAUUGUUAUGAAAUAUACGGAUAUAUAGAUUGGAAAACAAAAGCUAUAUCAUAAACAAUGGAAGCCACUUCCUCCUCUGAAUCUCCCCUGCUCACCAGCAUAACUAAAGAUGGGUGCACAGACCUCAAAGGAAGGUCUAUCAGCAGACAGCUCACAGGAGGAUGGAAAGCUUCUUUCCUCAUAAUUGGAGUUGAAGUGACAGAGAGAUUUGCCUUCAAUAGUAUUUAUAAUAACUUGCUCUCUUAUCUCACUGAUGUUAUGCACCAGAGCUCUGCCACUGCUGCUAAGAAUGUUAAUGUCUGGUAUGGUGUUGCGUCCAUGCUUCCUCUUCUUGGAGCUUUUCUUUCAGAUUCCUAUUUGGGGCGGUACAGAACCAUUAUUUUGUCAUCUCUGGUCUAUCUGCUGGGUUUAAUCUGUUUAACUCUUUCAACUUCCCUGACAUUUCUGAUCCCACCACCAUGUGACAACACAUCAUUCUUCUGCCCCAGACCUACAGCUUUUCAGAUGGGGUUUUUCUUCAUUUCACUGUACUUGGUUGCUUUGGCUCAAGGAGGCCAAAGACCAGCUUUACAACCAUUUGGUGCAGAACAAUUUGAUGAUGGAGAUCCAACAGAGAGGAAGCAUAAGAGCUCAUUCUUCAAUUGGUGGAAUUUUGGUCUAAGCAUUGGUUUACUUUUAGCUGGUUGUGUGAUUGUGUACAUUCAAGAAAAUAUCGGGUGGGGUCUAGGGUUUGCCAUCCCAACUGUAACCAUGGCAGUAGCAUUGCCUGUCUUCAUGUGUGGAACACAAAUGUACCGACAUAAAAUGCCUUCCAGUCCAGUAACUCGAAUUCUCCAAGUUUUUGUUGCAGCAAUUCGCAAGUGGAAUGUUUCUAUCCAUUCUCAAGCAGAACAGAGCUUGUAUGUUAAUCGAGGACAUACUGAAACAAGAAAGCUUCUACCCACUGAUCAAUUCAAGUUUCUUGACAAAGCAACAAUUGAAAUUGAUCUGGACCGUGAACACAGAACAAAUAUUUAUUGGAGGUUAUGCACAGUCACACAGGUUGAAGAGGUAAAGCUUAUUCUAAGAUUGCUGCCCAUUUGGGUAGCUUGUUUGAUGUAUGGAGUUGUUUAUGUACAGUCUCCAACAUAUUUUACAAAACAGGGCACCACAAUGGAUAGAAGGAUAAUUGGGCAUUUCAAAAUAGCUGCAGCAAGCAUGCAAAUCUUUAUUACCAUAUCUGUUCUAGUUCUAGUGCCUGUGUAUGAUAGAAUCUUUGUCCCACUGGCCAGAAGCAUAACUAGAAAUGAACGUGGUAUAACACUGUUACAGAGAAUAAGUGUUGGUUUAUCUUUUUCUGUUCUUUCAAUGAUUGUUGCAGCACUGACAGAAAUGAAAAGGCUUCAAGUGGCAAAAGAAUAUGGAUUGAUAGACACCCCCCAAGUAACAAUCCCACAAAGCAUUUUUUGGCUGCUUCCACAAUACAUUCUACUUGGUAUUGCUGAGGUGUUUGCAAUUGUAGGCUUGCAAGAGUUAUUUUAUGAUCAAAUGCCUGAGACAAUGAAAAGUUUGGGAACUGCCUUAUAUUGGAGUAUUUUUGGAGUGGGCAGUUUCUUGAGCAGCAUUCUUAUUUCUAUUAUUGAGGAAAUUAGUAGCAGAGGUAAGGGACAAAGCUGGUUCGCAGACAACCUAAAUAAAGCUCACUUGGACUAUUAUUACUGGCUUCUGGCUGCAUUGAGUGCACUAUUUCUUUGUAUCUAUCUGAUCUUUGCCAAUUGCUUCAUCUAUAAGAAAGAAGAAAGUAAAGUUUAUGGAGAUCAAGAGAUAACCUGAUCAUUAAAAAACGCUUCUUGUCCAAUUCUAAUAACAACUUUUUAGAACCUGUGCGGGAUCAGAUCUAUGGAACAUGAAGUCCCUAGUCCUACAGUUCAGAAAAGGUUUUACUUUAUUCGAAACUCUAAUUCAUUUAACUUAAAAGAGUUGAAUUGAGGCCUCAAAAAGAGAGAAGAACAAAAUAAUGGU